CGUGUGUGGGCAAAUGUGGACAUGUGUCAGCGCAUAGUACCGAAUACCGAAUGACCAAGGUGGUGCGUGGUGACAGUCCCGAAAAGCCGGCGUCUCGACAAUUCCCUGUCAAUGCUUCGGUUUAUCACUAAAGUAUGACGUAGUGUCGUAAAAAUGAUAAGAAGUAUAGCGCGACUCGCGCAAAUGAGUUCGAUAUGUAACCUAUGUCGAACUGGGUUUAACCUCGCCGCAGGAAGGAAAAUUGAUUAAUGCGUAGUUACUCGCAUGUGAGAUUUACUUUGCGCGCUGAAGAACCAGCGCAACAUUUUCCAUUAAGGUUCAAUGAGAUGUGAAAUGUGAGCAAGGAGCCUGUUGGACCGCGUCGGAUAAGGGAAAGUUACAACGUAGAAUAUUCCGGUCCAGGUUUUUCCAAAAUGAUCUCCCAAAUGUCGCACGUGAUGACCCUCGCUAAUAGCAUCAUAGGUGUAAGCGUGUUGGCGAUGCCCUUCUGCUUCAAGCAGUGCGGCAUAGUGCUGGCGGUUCUAGUGUUGCUUUUGUGCAGCGCUUUGUCUCGAUUGGCGUGUCACUUUCUCGUCAAGUCGGCCGUGAUAUCAAGGAGACGCAACUUCGAGCUACUCGCCUUCCAUGCGUUCGGCCACAUGGGAAAGUUUCUGGCCGAAUUAUUCAUCAUUGGUUUUAUGCUAGGCACUUGCAUCGCCUACUUCGUCGUCGUCGGCGAUCUGGGGCCGCAGAUAAUCUGCAAGAUGAUGAGCAAGAACCCGGCGGACAUUCGCACCAGUUUGCUAAUUUUUACCGGGGUCUUCAUAAUCCUACCCUUGGGAUUGCUUCGAAAUAUCGAUAGUCUGUCCAGCAUUUGCACCGCUACUAUUGUCUUCUAUGUCUGUCUUGUGUUAAAGAUUAUGGGCGAAUCGACCUUACAUAUUUUUGUAGGAGAUUGGUUUGACAGUGUUAAUUAUUGGAGACCAGCGGGUAUCCUCCAGUGCCUGCCGAUAUUUUCCAUGGCCCUUUUCUGUCAAACACAGCUGUUUGAAAUAUACGAAACCAUUCCAAAUGUAUCCUUAGAGAAGAUGAACGACGUUGUACGAGGAGCAUUAAAUAUAUGUACGCUUGUAUAUAUGUGCGUUGGUUUGUUUGGUUACAUUGCAUUUUGUACCCAACCGUUCACAGGAAAUAUUUUACUGAGUUUCGAACCUAGCAUAACAUCAGAAUUGAUUAAACUGGGAUUCGUGUUUUCGGUCGCAUUUAGUUUCCCUCUAGUCAUAUUUCCAUGUCGUGCGAGCUUGAAUUCUCUUUUAUUUCGCCGGGUGUAUACCCACGAAUCGUCCGUCAAUUAUUUGCCAGAGUCCAGGUUUCGAUGCUUAACCAUCGUGAUAGUCAGCAUUUCUAUGACCAUUGGUAUUUUAGUACCGAACAUAGAAUUCGUUCUUGGUAUCGUGGGAUCGACGAUUGGCGUGAUGAUCUGUUUGAUAUUCCCGACGGUGUUCUUUAUAUCUAUAAGCAGCAAGAACACAAAUGAAAGACUAGUAGCGCAGGGCAUUUUAAUCGUCGGCGUUUGGAUCAUGAUCCUCGGUACGUACGCCAAUUUGUACGCUAUGGAGGAGUCCACGAACACAAAAUUAGCGAUGACCAAUAAGCCGCUCGUUCAAAUCAAUAAUUUACCAUUAAACAUAAUUAAAGAUGAUAUACAUAUCGUUCCCGAUAUUCCCAACAGUUUGGAACUUAUUCCCAGAGCAAAAGACAAAAUUAAUCAACUGCCUGAGAUAAAUAUUCUGGAUAAAACAGAGCUGAAAGUGAAAGACGUUCGACAAGAGCCGCCAAUACCCGUAGAACGUUUGAUCGCCAGCGAAAAGCCAAAUAUCGAAAAACCUGAUAAAAUAGCAGUAGGCUCUCUUGUGCCAGAAAUAAAAGAUAUAGUUGAAACGAUAAAAAACGAUAAUUUAAACGCGCAAUCGCAAGUUGCCACAAAUACUGAUGUUAAAAUCGAUGUUAAAAUCGAAGAAUCUGUUACUUUGAAAGCGGAGGAGAAGAUAAAGAUAAUCGAGGAGAAGGAGCAAUCGAUAGACUUGCAGAAGAACGAUAAUCUUAUUAAUUUAGAUGCCAUAAAGAAGGAGGAGUCAGAAUUGGCGGCUGACGGAGACAUCGCUAAUGCCAGAGCUGCGGAACGACACGAGCAGCUCAGAAAAACACUGGAGAAGCAUAAAUUGGAGCAACGUCAGAUGAUGCAGGAGCAAAAGGAAAUUCUUAAGGAUAUCAAGGAACAAAAGCAAGAAUUCGAGAGGGAGAAGCAAAGAAUGGCGAAGGGCGAAAUACUAAAAAAGAAUGAAAAGGUACAAAUUGACAUGAAGGAGAACGUUUUACCAGAGAUCAGGAGCAACAUGGGAGAAAACGAUAAAAAAGCUGUGGAAAUAAACGAGAUUAUUAUCGAAAAAAAUAAUAAAAACGUUUUGAAAGAAAAAGAAUGGAGUAACGUAGAUAAGGUAAAAUUAGAUGAAAAGCAGCAGCCUCGAGACGAGAAUAAUGUAAACGUCGUGGUUGAAGAUAGCAAGAAAAAAUUAGAUGUGUUUCACGAAAUUUCUCAAAACAAGAAUGUAGAAGAAUCGCAGAAAAUAUCAGAAAACGCACCAGAUAAACUCCCUAUUAAAGAGGCAAUUGUCGACCGUGAAACACCGGAGAAAUCAUUACAGAAGGAAAAGCAAGACGAGACAAAAGUAGAAAGAAUAGAAUUUAAUGAUUCCAAAAAUAUGAAGGGUCCUAUCUUGAACGUUUUAUCGAAAGGAAUUCUACCAAGAUCUGUUAUGGAAGAGGGACUUGCUAAAGAGAAUGAUAAUCGUCAGGCAAAGGAAGAGAAAAGAGAGGUCCUUACGAAUGACGUUGCGAACGCGUCGGAUAAAUUGCAAGAGAAGUACGACGAUAAGUACUCUGUACCCGUAGCAUUAAAAAUGACGAAUCAAUCAAAAUUAGACAAGGUAAUAGUUCCAUCAUUGAAUAAAAGCGAACCUGAAGUUCUCGCUAUACGUCGAGAUAUCCUAGAGAAUAACGAACGCGAGAAGAGAGACGUCGACGGAGAAAUAAGUGCGAACGACACGAAGAUCAACGGCGAGCGUUUAACUGAGAAAUCUAAAUCUCUUGUUAAAGAUGUCGAAGAUGCGGACAGCGAGACCUGUUCGAAAUUGCAGGAAAGUUCAAAGAAAUCAGAGGCAGAGAAGGAAUCCGAGAGAAGAAUAACUAAACCGAGUACAACUGAAGUGCCUCUGAUUAACACAAAUCUCUAUUUGUCCGAGCAGAGAAUAACAAAGACGAUAUCUAUGGAUCAGCAUGCUGCUCUAGAUUCGGAGUACGCGGGUAUGAAACAAGAAGAUUCGAAAGUUCUUAGUCCUAUGGAUAAAACUGAGAUAUAAAUGUCUAAUUCUCAAAAGAAUAUUCAUGGCAUAAUAUUAAUUUUAUAAAUCACGGAUCGCUCGUUGCUUUCCGAGUUGCGCUGUGCCUCUUUAUUUACGUUCAUAAAAUUAUUAUUAAAUUAUCAAGUUCAAGAUGCAAUGGAAAUUUCCCAGAUGAAUGCGUGUGAAUUGCAAGAGUAUCAUGAUAUAUUUAUGAUAUUUAUAUAACUUAUGUAAUCGUACGAAUGCGAUUUUUAAUGUGCGACUGCUGUUUAUAUUAUGUUGCACACUACAUUUUUCUUUACGUCGUGUAACAAUUGUAAAAACAAUGCGAGUAUUGGUCUAAAGUAUUUAAUUAAGUAUAGGACCAAAUAUAUAGAUGUAUUUUUACACAGCAAUUCGAGUUUUGCCAUAAAUCGUCUAAUUUA